AUGAGUUUUAAUCAAAUUGGUGGUUCAAUUCCAACAUCUUUGGGUGGUCUCAUAAACCUUAACGAACUUUAUCUCGGUCAAAAUAACCUUACUGGCACCAUUCCAAAAGAGAUAGGAAACCUAAAAUCUCUGGUGAAACUAGACUUGAGCACCAAUCAACUCAGUGGUUCGAUUCCUGCAAUAUUGGGGAAUUUUACCAAUCUUACCACUCUCCAUCUCUUUAAAAAUAACCUCAAUGGCAUCAUUCCAAAACAGAUAGGGAACCUAAAAUCUUUGGUGGAACUUGACCUGAGCGACAAUCAACUCAGUGGUUCAAUUCCUGCAACAUUAGGGAAUUUUACAAACCUUGCCACUCUCUAUCUCUUUCAAAAUAACCUCACUGGCAUCAUUCCAAAAGACUUAGGAAAGCUAAAAUCUUUGUUGCGUCUGGAGUUGAGCAUCAAUCAGCUCAGUGGUUCAAUUCCUGCAACAUUAGGCAAUUUGACCAUCCUUACCACUCUCAAACUUUUUGAAAAUAAUAUUUCCGGAACCAUUCCAAAAAAGUUAGGGAAUUUGAAAUCUUUGGUGGUACUAGACAUGAGAACCAAUCAACUUAACGGUUCAAUUCCAGCAACAUUAGAUGAUUUGACCAACCUUACCACUCUAUAUCUUAAUGAAAACAAUCUUUCUGGAACCAUUCCAAAAGAGUUAGGAAACCUAAAAUCUUUGCUGGAGCUGGAGUUGAGCACUAACCAACUCAGUGGUUCAAUUCCUGCAACAUUAGGGGAUUUGACUGACCUUACCACUCUCCAUCUCUUUAAAAAUAUUCUUUCUGGAACCAUUCCAAAAGACUUAGGGAACCUAAAAUCUUUGUUGGAUUUAGAGUUGAGCACCAAUAAACUCAGUGGUUCAAUUCCUGCAACAUUAGGGGAUUUGACCAACCUUACCACUCUCUAUCUUUUUGAAAAUAAUAUUUCCGGAACUAUUCCGAAAGAGCUAGGGAUUCUAAAAUCAUUGUUGCAUCUAGACUUGAGCACAAAUCAACUCAGUGGUUCAAUUCCUGCAACAUUAGGGGAUUUGACCAACCUUACCACUCUUUCUCUUGCUAAAAAUAAUCUUUCUGGAUCCAUUCCAAAAGAAUUAGGGAACCUAAAAUCUUUGUUGGAUUUAGAGUUGAGCACCAAUAAACUCAAUGGUUCAAUUCCUGCAACAUUAGGGGAUUUGACCAACCUUACCACUCUCUAUCUUCAUAAAAAUAAUCUUUCUGGGACUAUUCCAAAAGAGUUAGGGCACCUAAAAUCUUUGUUGGAUCUGGAGUUGAACAACAAUCAACUCAGAGGUUCAAUUCCAGCAACAUUAAGUGGUCUUAUCAAUCUUUCCACUCUUUCUCUUCAUAUGAAUAACCUCUCUGGCACAAUUCCGAAAGAGUUAGAAAACCUGAGAUCACUAGUGGAUCUAGAAUUGGGCGGAAAUCAACUCAAUAGUUCUAUUCCCACUUCAUUGAGUGACUUGCCUAACUUGAAAUUCUUAUACCUAGGAGACAAUCAACAUUCUGGUUCCAUCCCUCAAGAGCUUGGAAGUAUCUCAAAAUUGACACAUGUGACUUUAGGAAAUAACCAAUUUUCAGGUUAUUUGCCACAAAACAUUUGCCAAGGUGGGUCACUCGCACGCUUUUCUGGAGAAAAUAAUAAUCUAAGUGGUCCAAUCCCCAUAAGCUUGAAAUCUUGCACCAGCUUAGUCAGAGUUCGCCUCGAAGGGAACCAAUUGAUAGGAAACAUAUCUGAAGAUUUUGGUGUUUAUCCGAUUCUCGAUUUUAUAGAUUUACGUGACAAUCAACUAUAUGGUGAAAUCUCACCAAAUUGGGGAUUAUGCGCAAAUUUAACAAGUCUGCGAAUCGCGGGAAACAAACUUACUGGUUCUAUCCCAGUUGAGAUUGGAAACGCAACCCAUAUUCAAUUGUUGGAUCUUUCAUCAAAUAGUUUGAUAGGGAUGAUUCCAAAGGAGCUCGGGAAAUUGACUUCAAUGUCAAAGCUGAUGUUACAUGGCAAUCAACUGUCAGGUCGUAUCCCUUUACAGUUGGAAUCAUUGAUUGAUCUAGAAUAUCUUGAUCUCUCAACAAAUAAACUCAAUGGUUCGAUUCCAAUCUUUAUAGGUGACUUUCGCAAGUUAUACUACUUGAAUUUGAGCUAUAACAAGUUUAGUCGAGCAAUUCCAUUUCAGCUCGGGAAGUUAUUUAACUUAGAUGUGCUAGAUUUAAGUCAUAACUCACUUGAAGGUAAGAUCCCAUCAGAAAUGAGCAACAUGAAGAGUUUGCAGAUACUUAAUAUAUCCCACAACAAUCUUAAUGGUUUCAUCCCAACAAACAUGGAAGAGAUGCAUGGGCUAACAAACGUUGAUAUAUCCUAUAAUCACUUGGAAGGUCCACUUCCGAACAUUAAAGCAUUUCAAGCUGCUCCUCGAGAAGCACUGCAAGGCAACAUGGGAUUGUGCGGUAACUCAAGUUUUUUGCGACUUUGCAAUACUGAAAGCCCAAACAAGAGUCAUAAACUUGUAUCUCUGAUAAUCUUCCUUAUCCCCGGAGUACUUGUGCUUAUGGCCUUUAUUUUUGCAUUGUUAGCUCUAAAGAAAAAGAAACACAAGCAUGUAGAAGAAAGAAACAGGGAUGACGAAGUCUCUUUUGCUGUGUUGAGUUUUAAUGGAAAACUGAUGUAUGAUGAAAUUAUCAGGGCUACAAAUGAUUUUGAUUCCCAGUACUGCAUCGGAGAAGGAGGAUAUGGAAGCAUCUACCGAGCAAAUCUAUCAACUGGUGACAUAGUAGCUGUGAAGCAACUCCAUUUGCCAUGUGAUAACGACAAGAAUUUGCAAAAGGUAUUCUUGAAUGAAAUCAGGGCUCUAACUGAGAUGCGACACCGAAAUAUUGUUCAGCUUUAUGGUUUCUGUUCACAUAGGCGACACUCAUUUUUGGUGUUUGAGUAUUAUGAAAAGGGUAGUUUGGCCGCAGUGUUGGGUAAAGAUGAGGAAGCUCAAGAACUAGGGUGGAGUAAAAGGGUGAAUAUUGUUAAAGGUGUAGCUCAUGCCUUGUGUUACAUGCACUAUGAUUGCUUGCCAUCCAUUAUACAUCGAGACAUAUCAAGCAAGAACGUUUUGUUGGAUGCAGAGUAUGGGGCAUGCGUUUCAGACUUUGGCACUGCUAAGUUCUUAAACCCAGACUCAACUAAUUGGACUGUUAUUGCAGGCACAUAUGGAUAUGUUGCACCAGAGCUUGCUUAUACAAUGGUGGUAAAUGAGAAGUGUGAUGUAUAUAGCUUUGGAGUGUUGACAUUGGAAAUAAUUAUGGGAAGACAUCCAGGAGAUUUUAUGUCAUCUCUAUCAUCUGGAUCAUCCUCAUCAACUACAUUACCAGCCCUUGAAAUGCGUAUUGUGAAUGUUUUGGACCAACGUAUAUCCCCUCCCACUCAUCAAGUUAUAGGAGAAGUGUUGUCUAUUGUGAAGAUGGCAAUUUCAUGCAUGAACUCUAAUCCUCAAUCUCGUCCAACAAUGAAACAAGUUUCUCAACAAUUGGAAAAUCAAAGGCUGCUUUUGUCGAAGUCACUACAUAUGAUUACAUGUGGUGAAUUGCUUUCUCUCAAUGGUUCACCUAUAUGA